AUGGGCAGCAUAGAUUGCAUGCAUUGGCAAUGGAAAAAUUGCCCACGAGCAUGGAAAGGGUUGUAUCAAGGUAGGUCCAAAUCUGCAACGGUAAUUCUAGAAGCCGUGGCCUCCGGAGACUUGUGGAUAUGGCAUGCAUUUUUCGGAACACCGGGAACUUGCAAUGAUAUCAAUGUAUUGGCACGCUCUCCGGUGUUUGAUGAUCUUUAUCAAGGAAGAGCUCCUGAGGAAUUUAAUGUGAAUGGUAAUACCUAUAAUAGGGGAUAUUACCUAACAGAUGGGAUCUACCCUAAAUGGGCAGUGUUCAUGCCAGCAAUUCGACUCCCACUAUCUCCCGUCGAUGAGUUGUUCACCAAACGUCAAGAAUCAGUUCGGAAAGACGUCGAACGUGCGUUUGGGGUUUUACAAGCACGCUUUGCAAUAAUACAAAGGCCAUCACUCAUUUGGGAUAACACUUAA